AUGCCUGUGGAUCUUGUAGCGAAAGCUGUGAAAUCCGGGCAGGAGGAUCCAGAUCAGGUGAUCCUGCAGACCUGGGACUUUGCUGGACAGGAGAUGUUCUACAGCAUGGCUCACGUCUUUAUCACCUCCCCAGGAAUUUAUGUCUUGGUGGUCAAUCUUGCCGCCUGGCUGGAUGCUGUGGCUGCUCCGGAGCCCAUGUGUUCCUGCGGCUUGCCUCUGGAACUCUCAGACUCCCUGGACUUCUGGUUGGCUGCCGUCCUGGUGCAUGCACCAGAUGCACGCUUGAUCAUCGUUGGAAGCCACGACGACAUGAUACCAUCAAAGCUCUCCUCAGUCGUUCGUGAACGGGUGAACAAUUACCUCAUGCAGCGACUGGAUAAUCCGGCGUUUCAUUCACGCCUUCACGUCAAUGAAGAGGAGCAGCUGCUUUUCUUCCCGGUGGACAACAGCAGAUCCACUGAUGCUGGGCGAGGUGUUGCUCGUUUGCGGAGGGCGCUGGACCAACUGGCCCUGGAAGCUGCCGAGGAGGCCGGGUGGAUCCCAACUCGCUGGGCGCAGUUCUUCAGCGUGCUGACGAGCCGACGGAGCGCCGAAGCCGAAGCCAAGAGGAUGCACUACGUGACUCUGGAAGAGCUGAAGGAGCUGGCCCAGCGCUUCGGCAUCAUGGGCACGGAGCUGGACUCCUUCCUGGCGCUCUUCCACGGACUGGGCCAGCUGCUCUACUUCCGAGGCUCCCCCGGGGUGGUGCUGGAGCCGCAGUGGCUCCUGGACGCCAUGGCGCAAGUGGUGGGCUGUCCACGUGUGCUCCAGCGACAUUCUCACGACACCGCCGCGCUAUGGCAGAGGGGCGAGCUGUCCGCGAAGCUCUUGGCGUCACUUUGGAGCACCGAGAGGUCUCCCCAGGCAACCAGUGGCGGCAUUUUCCAGAGACUCCGAAUGGUCGCCAAGUCCGAGCGUGAUGAGGAGACAUUGCGGGCAUUCCUGGAACACUUUGGCCUUCUCGUGCCUGUGCCAUCCACAGGUCUAUCUGGAGCCCGAAGCUGGCUGGUGCCAAGUCUGCUGCCGAAGCGCAACCAUCCCGCAGCGGGGCCGGCCGAGGCGUUGGGCAAGGCCAGCCUCUUCUUCGACUUUCACGGGGCGCUGCGGCAGCUGCUGCCCUCGCUGCUGCCACGGCUCUUUGCGGAGCUCCAGAAGUCUGAGGACCUCUCCUCCCAGGUGAAGAUGGUGUUGCCAGGAUUACUUGGCCUUCUCCAUGAAGUCAGCGGGGCAGCCGAUCUUCGUGACUCUGGAGUUGGUUUCUGA